GAAGAAUCCAAACCGGAAGUCCGGAUGAGCGACAGCGGGUUGUUUUGGUUGUGGAGCUGUUCGAUUUAAACCUUUUCAACCAGUCAGGCGUACAGAAAACCUCAAAAUGGGGAAGCGACAACAUCAAAAAGACAAAAUGUACAUCACAUGUACAGAGUACACAAACUUCUACGGAGGGAAGCGGGCAGAAAUCCCUCAGGGAAACUUCAGACGGCUUCCUUUCGACCACUGCAGCUUGUCUCUCCAGCCGUUUGAGUAUCCGGUGUGCACGGAGGAGGGCGUCGUCUUCGACCUGCUGAGCAUCGUCCCGUGGAUUAAGAAGUACGGCACCAAUCCAGCCACCGGAGAGAAACUGGAAGCAAAGUCUCUCAUCAAGCUCAACUUUUCCAAGAACAACGACGGGAAGUACCACUGCCCGGUCAUGUUCAACGUCUUCACCAACAACUCCCACAUCGUGGCCAACAGGGUGACCGGAAACGUCUUUUCCUUCGAGGCGGUGGAGCAGCUCAACAUCAAGACCAAGAGCUUCAAGGACCUGCUGACCGACGAGCCGUUCGCCAGGAAGGACAUCAUCACGCUGCAGGAUCCCACAAACCUGGAUAAAUUCAACGUUUCCGACUUUUUCCACGUCAAGAACAACAUGAAGUGUCUGGAUCCAGACGAGGAGAAGGCCAAGCAGGACCCGGCCUACCACCUGAAGACCACCAACCUGGAGACCCGGGAGACCCUGGCCGAGCUCUACAAGGACUACAAGGGAGACCAGCUGCUGGCGUCCACCAUGAAGGAGCCCGAGGCCAAGAAGACGGACAAGCUCAACGCCGCUCACUACUCCACAGGACGAGUCUCCGCCUCCUUCACAUCCACCGCCAUGACUCCUGCGACCACACACGAGGCCGACGCCAUCUCCGACGACGCCGUGCGCUACCAGUACGUGAAGAAGAAAGGCUACGUGCGCCUGCACACCAACAAGGGAGACCUCAACAUCGAGCUGCACUGUGACAAGGUUCCUAAAGCUGGAGAGAACUUCAUCCGCCUGUGUAAGAAAGGCUACUACGACGGGACCAUCUUCCACCGGUCCAUCCGGAACUUCAUGAUCCAGGGAGGAGACCCCACCGGCACAGGCACAGGAGGAGAAUCCUUCUGGGGGAAGCCCUUCAAGGACGAGUUCCGGCCCAACCUGUCCCACGCCGGCCGGGGCGUCCUCAGCAUGGCCAACUCGGGUCCAAACACCAACAAGUCUCAGUUCUUCAUCACGUUCCGCUCCUGCACCUACCUGGACAGGAAGCACACGGUGUUCGGCAGGGUGGUGGGAGGGUUCGAGGCUCUCACAGCCAUGGAGAACGUGGAGAGCGACCCCAAAACGGACAAACCCAAGGCGGAAAUCAAGCUCAUCAGCACGUCGGUGUUCGUGGACCCGUACGAGGAGGCCGACGCCCAGAUCGCCGCGGAGCGAGAGAAGGAGGCGCAGAAGCAGGAGGAGGAGAAGCAGCAGGCCAGCCGGGUCCUGAAGAGAGCCGAGGAGGAGCAGCCCCGAGCCUUCAGAGCAGGGGUCGGCAAAUACAUCAACCCCGCCACAGCGAAGCGGCCGGCGGCUGAAGACGACGGCGGGCCGUCCACCAGCGGGGCGGCGCUGAAGAAGGCCAAAGGGCGAAGUGGCUUUGGAGACUUCAGCUCCUGGUAGCCGCCGCUGAGCGCCGCCGCCGCCACCGCCGCCGCCGCCGGAGUCUGAGCGCCGCUGGGAUUCAGCUCUGAGGUUUCUGUCACGUCUCGUCAGUCACAGCAUCCCGUCACCCUCCAGGUUGACUCUGCCUGUUUUUAGAUUUCAUGUUUCUUUGAAAGUCUUUUUUUUUUUGAAAACGUCGUUGGCAUAAACUUAUUUUUUUGUUCUA